AUGACUCCUCCUCAGCCGACAAGGCCCUUACUCCUCUACAUCACUUUCACGCCGAAAUCAGUCGGAGCUCUGCUCACCCAGGAAAUUGACGGACUCGAACGACCCGUGUACUACAUAAGUAGAGUCGUCCAAGGAGCUGAGAUCCGAUAUUCCCCCAUUGAGUGGCACUGCCUCGCCCUAGUCUUUGCCGCUAAAAAGCUCCGCCAUUACCUUCUUUCUUACCCUAUCCAUCUCAUGACCAGAAGCGAUCUCAUCCGCUUUCUCCUCACUAGACCAGCGCUCUCCAGCAGGCCAGCUCGCUGGCUCUUAUCAUUAGCAGAAUAUGACAUCACUUGCAAAGCUCCCAAGGCCGUCAAGAAUCAAGCGCUCGCCGACCUCUUGGCUCACUUCCCUAGUGGAGAACAUGAACCGCCUUCGGACGAAUUGCCAGGAGAUGAGUUCCAAGCAGCCGAAGUAAACACCAAAGGAGAAUGGAGUUUGAGUUUCGAUGGAUCGUCCACCUCUAAAGGGGGAAGAGCUGGAAUAGUCCUUAUUUCCCCAAAUCAAACUGAAGUCAAUUUGUCAUAUAAACUGGAUUUUAAAUGCUCUAACAACGAGGUGGAAUACGAGGCCCUAAUAUUAGGGCUUAUGGCAGCACUCCACCUAGGAGUAAGUCUCCUAUGUAUCAAAGGCGACUCUAAUUUGGUGGUCAAGCAGACCAAUGGAGACUAUGCUAUCAAAGAGCCCCCUUUAGCCUCGUACAGAACCAUUGUCCAAAGGUUGACAGACAAAUUUGACAUGGUAAAGGUAGAACACGCUCCUCGCUCCAACAAUCGACACCCAGACGCCCUUGCUACCUUGGCUUCUAAAGUAGAAUUUGCGGAAGAAUCAACUCAGAUAGAAGUGCUGAAGCGCUCCAUGCCGUGCUCGGUAACAACUAUUUUUCCUGAAAAAGAACCCGUCGACUGGAGAGCCCCAAUCAUCGAUAAGCUCCGCGCCCCCUCACGUAAACUACCUUUGUGCGAAAUCAAACACUUCACGAUUUACCAAGGAGUCCUCUACUACAAAGGGCCUGGGGGUCUGCUAGCACGAUGCAUCGACUUUACCGAAGCCAAGUCUAAGCUAGAAGGGGUUCAUAAUCGUUUUUGCGGAACAGGAGACGUGAGCCUCUACAGGAGACUACAACGACAGGGAUAUUAUUGGACUACUAUGGCCAAAGAAGCAAACGACCUUCAGGGAAAGUGCACCAAAUGCCAGGAAUUCCCUCCAAAAGCUGAAUUCAAUUUUGCAGAAAUCACCUCCGACUGGCGUCAGGUGUAUAUAGAUUACCUCAAAGAAGCAUCAUUGUCGCCAGAUCGCUCUGCAGCAGCAAUAAUCAAGAAGCGAGCUUCGAAAUUCUUUUUGCAGGAAGGGCAACUUUUCAAGCAUGGCUUUGACGGGAAGCCUUUACGCUGCUUAUCGGGAGCAGAAAUCCAUAAAGUUUUAGAACUUGCUCAUGAGUCGGAGCACCAAGACGGAGCCAAGCUAUUCCAACAUCUUUUGCAUAUAGGUUAUUAUUGGCCCACCAUGGAAGCGAACGCCAAAAUAUAUGCCAAACGCUGUAAACCUUGUCAAGUCCAUGGUAACCUUAUUCACGCACCAGCCACUGAUCUGCAUAGUUCGAGCUCACCAUGGCCUUUCCACACAUGGGCUAUGGAUCUUAUUGGCCCCAUCUCUCCACCGUCAAUGGGACACAUAUGGAUCGUAGCGGCCACGGAGACUUACACUAAGUGGGUAGAAGCCAUCCCCCUAAAGAAAGCAACAGGAGCCGCUGUCUCCAAUUUCAUUCGAGAAUUUAUUAUAUGUCGUUUUGGCAUUCCUAGAGUAAUCCUGUCGGAUAAUGGGACUCCUUUUGUCAACCGCCAAGUGGGGAAACUCUUAGUCUCCUACGACAUCACACACCAUAAAUCAACGCCUUACUAUCCCCAGGGGAAUGGACAAGCUGAAGCAACCAACAAAACACUCCUUAGAAUCCUUUCAAGGACUCUCAAGGAUUAUCAAAGGGACUGGGCACAUGUGCUUCCAAUGGCGCUCUGGGCAUACAGAACAUCCAACUCAAAUGACCCCAUUUUCGUUGAUAUAUGGCAUGGAAGCCGUCCUUCCAAUGGAAAUUGCCAUACCAUUAGCUCGCAUGGCCCUCCGAACCGGAACUAG